AUGGAGGGAGAAGAUGUACAAUCCCUUGUUAUUGACAAUGGCAGUGGUACAAUCAAAGCUGGCUUUGCUGGUGAUGAUGCACCACGUGCAGUGUUUCCGUCGAUUGUUGGUCGACCCCGUCACAAGGGUGUGAUGGUUGGUAUGGGCCAAAAGGAUUUUUAUGUCGGUGAUGAAGCUCAAUCGAAACGAGGUAUUCUCACGUUGAAAUACCCGAUCGAACAUGGUAUUGUAACAAACUGGGAUGAUAUGGAGAAAAUCUGGCAUCACAGUUUCUACAAUGAACUUCGUGUUGCUCCAGAAGAACACCCGCUCUUGCUCACUGAAGCUGCACUUAAUCCAAAGGACAAUCGUGAGAAAAUGACACAAAUCAUGUUCGAAAAAUUCAAUACUCCUGCUCUGUAUGUGGCCGUUCAGGCGAUUCUUUCUUGUUAUGCUACUGGUCGUACAACUGGUAUUGUGCUCGAUUCUGGUUAUGGUGUCACACAAAUUGUUCCACUCAUUGAUGAUGCGACUCUUCAUCCAGAAACAGAAAAAAAUUCCGAGCAGUCAAAUAGCGCACAUGUUCUUCCGGAUGCAGCUCGUUCCCUUAAUUUUGCUGGUCAUGAUUUGACCAAUUAUUUGAUGAAGAUUUUGAAUGAACGUGGCUAUGCAUUUACAACAACAGCCGAAAAAGAAAGAGCUUGUGAUAUCAAAGAGAAGUUAUGCUAUGUGGCACUUGACUUUGAUGAAGAAAUGGCUAAAGCUGCAGAAUCUUCAGCGUUGGAAAAGUCCUAUGAACUACCCGAUGGUCAAGUCAUUAGCAUUGGCAAUGAACGAUUCCGAUGUGCAGAAGCCUUAUUUAAACCGAGUUUUCUCGGCAUGGAAGUGGCUGGCAUUCAUGAAACAAUCUACAAUUCAAUUAUGAAAUGCGACAGCGAUAUUCAGAAGCAUUUUUAUAAGAACAUCGUCCUUAGUGGUGGUACAACAAUGUUUUCGGGCAUUGCUGAUCGAAUACAAAAGGAAAUCGCUUCUUUGGCACCACCGACGAUGGAAAUUAAAAUUAUUGCACAACCUGAACGUAAACAUAGUACAUGGAUUGGUGGUUCUAUAUUAGCUUCCUUGUCAACAUUCCAAAACAUGUGGAUUUCCAAACAAGAAUAUGAGGAAUCGGGUCCAUCGAUUGUUCAUCGCAAAUGUGCUUAA